CUGGGGGUGAUCGACUAGUUUGGUCUGUUUUAGGAAGCGGUCUUCUGUUGGUGGCUGGGGGAAACUAGAGGCAGGAAGGGGCAGUGACAUGGCUGCCGAUGACAAGUCUUCCUCCUCCACUCUGGAGUGGAACGCUGAGCCACUGCCCUCCCCUGGCAGCCCCUCUCACCUCACUCACUUCAAGCCCCUGACCCCCGAGCAGGAUGAACCCCCACUGCGAUCUGCCUACAGCUCCUUCGUCAGCCUCUUCCGCUUCAGCAAAGAUGAAGCACGGCCCCCGUCGGCGGCUGAAAAGAUGGAGGUUGUCGUGCCAUCCCCUAAAGGAGAGCGGAAGAACUGGCCCAGCCCUUCCCACUCCCUGCACGCUCCUGCCACGCACAGAAAGCCCCCCCCUGAGCUUCUCAGACGCACUUCCACAGCAUCAGAGGGGCGAAGAAAAUCGGAGGCCCCGCUGGGGAGUCACGACCCGCGAACUGCGGUUCAGCUCCGUACUGCCCUCAAGAGGCUGAAGGAAAUAAUGGAGGGCAAAAGCCAGGACAGCGACCUAAAGCAGUACUGGAUGCCGGACAGCCAGUGUAAGGAGUGCUACGACUGCAACGAGAAGUUCACCACCUUCCGGCGGCGCCACCACUGCCGGCUGUGUGGCCAGAUAUUCUGUAGCCGCUGCUGCAAUCAGGAAAUUCCUGGCAAGUUCAUGGGGUACACAGGAGACCUGCGGGCUUGCACCUACUGCCGCAAGAUAGCGCUGAGCUACGCACACUCGGCCGACUCGGGCUCCAUCGGUGAGGACCUGAGCGUGCUGUCGGACUCGCCCUGCUCUGUUUGCGUGCUGGAGCCCAGUGAACCGCGUACGCCGCUGGGCGGCCGCAAAUCCAGCCGUAACAUCUUCCUGGAGGAGGACCUGGCCUGGCAGAGAAAAACUCCAAUUGGGAUAAGGAAGAAUCUCAUCCACCAGGAGUCCCAGAACAGUGGCCUCAGCUCCAGGUUAGGGGCAGUGCAGGAGGAUGUGGGCAAGUCCCCAGCCAGGAAAAGGUCGGCCAGCAUCACCAAUCUUUCCCUGGACCGCUCAGGCUCCUCCAUGGUGCCGUCCUACGACAGCUCCGUAAGCCCCCAGACGAGCCGGGCCAUGCCCAAGCCUGACCACAGUGAGGAGGAGCGCAAGAUACUGCUGGAUUCUUCCCAGCUAAAAGACUUAUGGAAGAAGAUCUGUCACAGUAACACCGGCAUGGAGUUCCAGGACCACCGCUAUUGGCUGCGUACCUACCCCAAUUGCAUUGUGGGAAAGGAGCUGGUCAAUUGGCUUCUGCGGAAUGGCACAAUCUCCACGAGGGCUCAGGCUAUAGCUAUCGGACAGGCUCUGGUGGACGGUCGCUGGUUAGACUGCGUCACACAUCAUGAUCAGCUUUUCCGGGAUGAAUAUGCUCUCUAUCGCCCUUUGCAGAGCACUGACUUCUCGGAGACCCCGUCCCCAGACAGUGACAGUGUAAACUCCCUGGAGGGACACUCUGAGCCCUCGUGGUUCAAAGAUAUCAAGUUUGAUGACAGUGACCCUGAGCAGCUGGCAGACGAGAGCGACUAUAUCAUGCCCAACUCUGCCAGCCCUAGUAAGAGGACGUCAGUCAGCAGCUUCCAUUCUGCGGUGGACAGCGACUCUGCAGCCUCCAUCAACCUAAAUGUGGAGCAGGACAAUGUCAACUUUCACAUCAAAAAGCAAUCCAAAUACCCCCAUGUGCCUCCACACCCCUCGGAGCAGAAAGCUGAGUUCUUGGUGUCAGAAGAUGGACAACAAUUUUCAAUAAGUGAUGCCUUCAUCAAAGAGUCGCUGUUUAACCGGCGUGUGGAGGAGAAGGCGAAGGAGAUGCUUUUCACACCUCUGGGCUGGCACCACAGCUCCUUGGACCAGCUGAGGGAGGAGAAUGGGGAGAAGAAGGCCAUGGAGAGGCUGCUCUCGGCAAACCACAGCCACAUGAUGGCACUGUUGCAACAGCUGCUAUACAGUGAGUCACUAUCACUGUCCUGGCGUGAUAUCAUCGUGCCAGUGGUGCGGCAGGUGGUUCAGACAGUGCGGCCGGAUGUGCGCAGCAGUGACGACGACAUGGACAUACGGCAGUUUGUCCACAUCAAGAAGAUUUCAGGAGGAAAGAAGUUUGACUCAUCUGUUGUAAAUGGAUUUGUAUGCACCAAGAACAUUGCCCAUAAAAAGAUGAAUGCCUAUAUCAAGAAUCCCAAGAUUUUGCUGCUGAAAUGCUCCAUUGAGUACCUGUACAGAGAGGAAACUAAGUUCACAUGCAUUGACCCAAUUGUGCUGCAGGAAAGAGAGUUCUUGAAGAAUUAUGUGCAGCGAAUUGCUGACAUGCGGCCCAGCCUGGUUCUGGUGGAGAAGACUGUCUCUCGCAUCGCCCAGGACAUGUUGUUGGAACACGGUAUCACCUUGGUCAUCAAUGUGAAGCCUCAAGUCCUAGACAAGGUGAGUCGUGUGACGCAAGGGGACCUGGUGAUGUCUAUGGACCAGCUGCUGACCAAGCCCCGCCUGGGAACCUGCCACAAGUUCUACCUACACGCAUUCCAGCUAGCCAACAACGAGACCAAGACCCUGAUGUUCUUCGAGGGCUGCCCCCAACAUCUCGGCUGCACCGUCAAGCUGCGGGGGGCCUCGCUGUAUGAGCUGGCACGCGUGAAGGAGAUCAUCAUGCUUAUGAUCUAUGUAGCCUACCACUCGCAGCUGGAGAUCUCUUUCCUUAUGGAUGAGUUCGCCAUGCCGCCCAGCCUGGCCAAGAGCACUUCCUUCCCGUGCCUUCUGGAGAGCACAGAGGGUGAGGAAAAGGAGGGAGAGGAUGGGGACGAGGGGGCCACCUCUGAUCAGAGUGACCCCUUUCCAGGAGUUGAUGCCAGGCUGGGGCUGCAGGAGCAGAGCCUUCCCCUUGAGAAGCCACCAAAACUCUCUGAGUCCUCACUAAGAGAUGGGGAGAGUCCCAUAGGCGCCAAAAAUGACUCCACUGAGUCCUUCCCCGGUGCUGAGACUGGAAAUCCGGAUUUGGUGCCCUCUACGCCGAUUUCUUGCCUGCCCAUGCAGCCCCCUCCAGUAGCCCCACCCUUCCUAAUAUCUGACCUGGAGGCAGGUCGAGAGGAAGGCAAGGGGGCUCUUCUCCGCGGGGACUCGCGGGAAAGCUCAGGGUCUGAGACGCCACCACCCCAGCUUUUCCGGGACCCCCUGCAGGAUGACACCGGCACGUUCAUCACGGAGCACGUGGCCUCGUCUGAUGACCGCCUCAAGUCCUUCUCAGUGGCCUUUAAGCAGGAGCUGAAGGACAUCAUCCUCUGCAUCUCGCCCUUCAUCUCCUUCAAGGAGCCCUUCCUGCUUACGCCGGCUGGCUUGCGCUGCCCGAGUCGGGACUACUUCCCUGAGCAGGUCUACCUCUCCCCUCUGCUCAACAAGGACUUCAAAGAGCUGGAUGGGCGGCGCAAGAGACAGCUGCUCAAGGAGUCUGUGCCCCCGGUGGCCGUUAAUGGCGGUGCACCUCCUGCCCGCUCCAUCCAGGUGCUGCCCUCUCACCAGCUCACCAGCAUGCGUAUUGCUGAGCAGCUGAACAGCAGCCAGGACCUGGCCAAGAUGCUGGCCGACUUUCGCGCCAAGGGGGGACGCAUCCGGCAAAAGGAUGUGGACCCCUUCAUGCCGACCCGGGAGGCCCAACCGAAAGGCCCCACCAAGGGCGACAGUGAGGAGGAUCGUGGGCAGAGUGACAUGGUUUGGGCUAGUAAGAUGGACUGUCUGAAUCCUGCCAAUCACCAGCGGCUGUGUGUGCUCUUCAGCAGCUCAUCCGCCCAAUCUGCAAAUGCCCCGAACCCCUGCGUGAGCCCCUGGAUUGUGACAAUGGAGUUCUAUGGGAAGAACGACUUGACCCUUGGAAUAUUUUUAGAGCGAUACUGUUUCAGGCCUUCAUAUCAGUGUCCUAGCAUGUUCUGCGAGACUCCCAUGGUGCACCACAUUCGACGCUUCGUGCACGGAAAUGGCUGCGUGCAGAUUGUCUUAAAGGAGCUGGACUCGCCAGUGCCUGGCUACCAACAUACCAUCCUCAACUACUCCUGGUGCCGCAUCUGCAAGCAGGUGACUCCAGUGGUCCCCUUGUCCAACGACUCCUGGUCCAUGUCCUUUGCCAAGUACCUGGAGCUACGAUUCUACGGGCACCAGUACACUCGCCGCGCCAAUGCUGAGCCGUGUGGUCACUCCAUUCACAAGGACUACCACCAGUACUUCUCCUACAACCAGAUGGUGGCCUCCUUCAGCUACACCCCAGUGCGGCUCCUUGAGAUCUGUCUCCCUCCACCGAAGAUCUUCAUUAAGAACCAGGGACCAUCCAAAGCCACCCUUCUGCAGGACCUGAAGGACUUCUCCCAGAAGAUGACUCAGGUAUACCUGGCCAUCGACGAUCGCCUCACGUCCUUGAAAACGGAUACCUUCAGCAAGACGCGUGAGGAGAAAAUGGAGGACCUCUUUGCUCAAAAAGACAUGGAGGAAGCAGAGCUGCGCAGCUGGAUUGAGAAGCUGCAGGCACGUCUGCUGUCAUGCACCCUGGACUCUGCCCAGCAGCUGCAGGCCGUGCUGGAGUCUGUGGUGGUUAAGAAGCAGGGCCUGUGCGAGAGCCUGCAGUCCUGGAACACGCGGCUGCAGGACCUGUUCCAGCAGGAAAAGGGCAGGAAGCGUCUGUCCGUCCCACCAAGCCCAGGCCGACACAGGCAAACAGAUGACAGCAAGACCAGCGCUCUGGAAUCUUCCCCCCGCAACCCCUCCCCCGUGGUGCAGAAUGGAGACAAAGAGGACCGUCACCUGAGCACCCUGCCCUCGGGUUCUGGGUCAUCUUCACUGCUGCAGCUGCCGUCCCCAGGAGAAAUGGGUUCUGAGCUGCUCUCCUCCGGACCCUCCUUCCCUGAGCAGGACUCAGUCAGCAUCCCAGAGGGUUUGUUUGAUGGACACUUGCUGGGCUCCAACGACAGUCAGGUGAAGGAGAAGUCCACUAUGAAAACCAUCUUGGCAAACCUGUUGCCUGGAAGCAGCUAUAAUCCAAUUCCCUUUCCUUUUGACCCGGACAAGCACUACCUGAUGUAUGAACAUGAGAGAGUCCCCAUUGCUGUAUGUGAGAGAGAACCCAGCUCCAUAAUUGCCUUCGCUCUCAGUUGUAAGGAGUAUAAGACUGCCCUGGAGGAGCUCUCCAAGAGCACGCUGAAGGCCGUGGGGGAGGAGACGACCCAAUCUAGCAGCACUGCUGACAACCGGUUAAAGAGCAGCCCAGCCAAACCCAGCGAGAGCACAGGCGCCCAGGGCAGCCGCGUCAGCCUGGAUGCCGAGCCGCUUAAAGAGGUUGACGGAGCAGACAAGCAGAAGAAGCAGGCUGGGAACCCUCACAUCGAAUUGCAGUUCUCUGAUGCCAACGCCAAAUUCUACUGCCGGAUCUAUUAUGCCGAGGAAUUCCACAAGAUGCGUGAGGAGAUCAUGGAGAGCACGGAGGACGACUUUGUGCGCUCACUCUCCCACUGCGUCAACUGGCAGGCCCGUGGGGGCAAGUCCGGGGCUGUCUUCUACGCCACCGAGGAUGACCGCUUCAUCCUGAAGCAGAUGCCCAGGCUGGAGGUGCAGUCCUUCCUGGACUUUGCUCCACACUACUUUACCUACAUCACUGGAGCUGUGCAGCAGAAGCGGCCAACCGCACUAGCCAAGAUCUUGGGCGUGUAUCGCAUCGGAUACAAGAACUCCCAGAACAACACUGAGAAGAAGCUGGACCUGCUGGUGAUGGAGAACCUCUUCUAUGGGCGCAAGAUGGCGCAGGUGUUUGACCUGAAGGGGUCGCUGCGCAACCGCAACGUGAAGACGGACUCGGGCAAGGAGAGCUGCGAGGUGGUGCUGCUGGACGAGAACCUGCUCAAGCUGAUACACGACAACCCGCUGUACAUCCGGGCACACUGCAAGGCCAUCCUGCGCGCGGCCAUCCACAGUGACGCCUACUUCCUGUCCAGCCACCUCAUCAUUGACUACUCCCUGCUGGUGGGACGUGACGACGCCACCAACCAGCUCGUCGUGGGCAUCAUUGAUUACAUUCGGACAUUUACAUGGGACAAGAAGCUGGAGAUGGUGGUGAAAUCAACAGGGAUCCUUGGUGGCCAAGGGAAAAUGCCGACGGUUGUGUCACCAGAACUGUACAGAGCCCGCUUUUGUGAGGCUAUGGACAAGUACUUCCUCAUGGUUCCGGACCAUUGGACCGGACUCGGGGUGAACUGCUGAGGAACCAUUCCAGACCACCUCCUCGGCAAGGAGAUGUUUCCCUUUCCCCCGCAGCUCAGUGAAGAGGAAACCACCAAGGCUCCUGUCCUACUUCAGGCACCAGCAAUGCACAGUCAGCUCAUUAUUUUGUUGGAUGAAUGAACUGAUCUGAGGAUUGUAGGAGGAAAAGGAUUUGGAAACAUUUUUAGAGUGAACUGAGAACUGGGUUGGCCUUUUUUUUAAAAAAAAAUGCACACUGUGGAGGAGUUUUUUUUUCCCCCUUUAUUUCUUUUUAAUGCACUGACACAAAUGUUGCUGUAAGAAUGGUGGAAGUGCCAAAUCGGACGAUCCUUUCAGGUCCCGGGAGAUUUUACACUGAAGAACUCGCUAGGCCCCCAGAAUGGCAUGUACAAAUCACCUCACCCAGUGUAAAAGUGUUGUAAAUGUAUAGAUAUAUGUAAUUAAAAAUAUUAACAAACGAAUCCAGCUAUAGUAAUAAAAACAACCCACACUGGA